UCAGUUGCAGCCAGGCCAUGACGCAAGUAGUGUUCCACGUCCUUUUAUUCCUCCCUGCAUUUGCCUCUGGAUUGGGAUACCCCCUAAGAGACUACAGCGACGAGAAAUGUCCAAUCUGCUACAACCCCAGGGUCAUGAACCUUCCUGCUGAAUGCACGCGAGAUGAAGCCGAUGAAACUCGAACUAAAGCGUGCGAUGAGGAUGAACAUUGCUACGUGGUCAAACUUGGAGAUGAUUAUGACUUAAUCAAUUAUUACAGCCAUGGCAACUACCAUAAAGGCUAUAAUGCCGUAUUCCUCUGUGCCGACCACAAUGGAAGGGCUAAUUUACAUCGACAAGGAGUUUCGAUUAGAGAGGUGGCAUUUACGACUGCUCCACCCACGGGCUCAACUACUCCGGUACCUAUGACAUUGGCCGAUUUCAAAGAAUGGGUGACAGACAUGAUAGAAACAAAACCGGAAAUGGUUUCGCUAACCGUGAUCCCAUCAAUGGCUGAUGGACCCAUCAUCUGGAAACAGACUGUUACCAUCUCUUGCAACUGGACACCCGGAAUUCGAAUGUAUGGAGAUAUAGUGGUGGGAGAAACAUUAGAAUCCAUUUGGGGCGAUGAACAGUACGGAGAAAUUGUUGACCUCGAAGAUCCGGAUCAAAGAAUUUACUUCGUUUCUGAUGACGAUAUAGGUGAAGCUAUCCUCAUCAUAAAAGAUGUUACUAGCGCUGAUACAAGGCAAUUCGGAUGUGAGGUCUCUCGCAAAGGAAAUUCUAACAACAUCACUCUUGACAUCAUUGAACCCCCCAUGGCUGGAGUAGUCAACUUCGUUGCUGUCCCUGAAUCUACCACGGUUGAUCUUACUUGGGAUCAUGUCGAAGGAGCCUCUAGCUACAAUGUAGGAUGGCGAGCAGUUGGUGCUCCCGACUGGAACACGGUCGAUGUUACAACCAACUCUCACCAAUUUGUAGGUCUAUCUGUUGCCUCCAACUUUGUGGCCAAGGUAGAUGCUUCCAACGCUGCCGGAAUUAGAGAGGGAAUUGAGCCUGCUGAGACUUCCUUUACCACAAAGGAUAACCGGUGGAUUAGCCCACAAUUACAACAGAGCUACAGCCUAGAAUUAAGUCAAACCCUGGAACUAAAGACCACCAUGAAUCAGGUUGAAGCCCCCAUAACCGUUUAUUUUAUUUUCCCCGAAGACGAAACUCAGUUCAUCAACUUCAAAUGCACGGAUCUUAACUCAAGCAGAUGGAUCCUCAUGAUCAAACAAUGCAUGACUGACUCGUGGGAUGCGGCCCAGCCCCUGAAUGGAGUUUCAAGUGACCAGAUAAAAGUGUGGCGAAUCACCCGAACAGAGACCAGCUUGCUAGUGGAGUGCAAUGGUGUGACUGUCCUUAUCUUCAACUUCGCGAGUGACUACAAGGACGGUUUCUCAAGCUGUCAUAGCUUCUGGACUAGGCAUUCCAAAGCGAUCAAGUUUAACUGGAGUGGCGGAUUGUAUAAAAACAACGGGCAUUUGUCCAUGAGAACAGCUGUAAAUAAGGCUGGAUUAGGAUACCCCCUAAGAGACUACAGCGACGAGAAAUGUCCAAUCUGCUACAACUUGUUCGGGGGCAACCUUCCCGCUGAAUGCACGCGAGAUCAAGCCGAUGAAACUCGAACUAAAGCGUGCGAUGAGGAUGAACAUUGCUACGUGGUCAAACUUGGAGAUGAUUAUAACUUAAACCAUCGCAGCAAUGGCAACUACCAUGAAGGCUAUAAUGCUGUAUUCUUCUGUGCCGACCACAAUGGAAUAGCUUAUUUACGUGGAAAAGGAGUUUCGAUCAGAGAGGUGGCAUUUACGACUGCUCCACCCACGGGCUCAACUACUCCUAUGACUACAUUGGCCGGUACCAAAGAAUUGGUGACAGACACGAUAGAAACAAAACCGGAAACGGAAGAGAGCGAAUACGAAUUACAUCCGUCAGAUGCAACUCACGAAGGGGAUCAAGUUCUAGAAAAAUGUAUAUUUGAAAUUGAAGCAGCGAUCCGCCAUCCAACACAACAAUAUGGUUACGUCUUUUCUCGUGGUAUAUACGUCAGACUCGAGGCUGAUGACAUGAACAUGCCGGUAGUAUCGGAAGGUUUUCCAAAGUACGUUGAUAGCAUAUUGCCGGAACUGAGCGGGAAGAUAGAAGCAGCUUUUACUGACUACGAUAACGCUAGAACUUUCUUCUUUGUUAAUUACGACGAGAAAUCGACAAGGCAAGUGUACAGAUGGGACUGGCUCUACUCUGAAAUGAAAAGGGAGGAUGAGAGGACAUUUGCCGCUCUUCCUCAAAAUGAUAUCAAGGGGAUCGCCAGUUACCGUAGCAGUGUUGCGUUCCUGUUUGCAAACGAGUACUAUGAGUGGACACCAAAGUUAGGGCUGAACAAGGAGGGUAGAAAAUAUAACAAACACGAUGAACCAACGAAUGAAAGUGGAGCUUUUGAUGCUUUCUUACAAGGCUACCACCACAAUGGCAGAAACAACGUACCGGAGAAAUACGUGCUGCUCAGAUCAGACGUAAUGCAUGGCGGCAAGAUUCUACACACCUACUCAUAUCUUCGCUUUGAAGAGGAAAUGAAUCUCCACGUGUGCGUUGACCAUAACGAUCAUAACGCACGUACAUAAGUUAACCAUUGUCUGUAAUCAAGCGUACAUAGUUCAAAACGUUAAAGUUAGACCACGAGACUUUUAAAUGUUGUGCUACUUAUACUUAUAGCUGUUCAAAUAUUUUACUUGAAAAUAUAGUUUAAUCAUUGUUUUUUUUUAAUUGUAUGGAGCUUCUGGUAUAGACUAUAGAUCGAGUAGAUAUAUGUAGUAAUAUAGUGCGUAUAUUUUAGCUUUACUUUAUAAUUUAUAUUAAUUAGUUAAUUUAAGAUCAAUAGAAACCUAAAACCAGUUAUGAGCAUAGUAAAUCUAAGAUGUAUCUUAAUGAAUUGAUUACUCUGCUAAGUGCAUGCAUAGUUGUUUAAUAGUUGAUAGUUCAAAAGUUUGUAAUU